AUGGCCGGGUUAGAUUAUCUUCUCUUUGAAGAGGCAGCCGGUUACGGUAUCUUCAAAGUGCUCAUCCAGCAGGACGACGUUGCGUCGAGAACAAAAGAGGUGCAAGAAGCAGGAAAUGACUUGAGCAAAUUCUCGAAAAUGAUUGAACUCAUCUCGUUUGCUCCCUUCAAAGGAGCAGCACAGGCUUUGGAGAAUGCCAACGAUAUAUCAGAAGGGCUUGUGUCCGACUACUUGAAAGAAGUCUUGGAGCACAAUUUGCCCAAGACCUCCAAGAGAAUCGGCUUGGGUGUCUCGGAUAAAAACUUGGGUCCCUCGAUCAAGGAGAUUUUCCCUAAUGUCGACGUCUUGUCGAAUGAAGUAGUCCAGGAUUUCCUUAGAGGCAUCAGAGUGUUUGGACUGAAAUUGUUCAAGGACUUGCACGAAGGUGACAUUGAAAGAGCCCAGUUGGGAUUGGGCCAUGCUUUUUCCAGAGCCAAGGUCAAGUUCUCGGUGCAGAAAAACGAUAACCAUAUCAUUCAGGCUAUUGCGCUUUUAGACCAGUUAGAUAAGGAUAUAAACACGUUCUCGAUGAGAGUCAAGGAGUGGUACGGCUGGCAUUUCCCCGAAUUGGCCAAGAUUGUCCCUGACAAUUACCAGUUUGCCAAAUUGGUGUUGUACAUCAAGGACAAGUCGAAUCUCACCGAGGAAGACUUGCACGACGUGGCAACCAUACUCAAUGACGACUCCGGAUUAGCGCAAAGAGUCAUUGACAACGCCAAGAUCUCCAUGGGCCAGGACGUGAGCGAGCAGGAUAUGCAAAACGUGAUAACGUUUGCCCAGAGAGUAGUCAACUUGACCGAGUACAGACGACAAUUGUUCAAAUACCUUACAGACAAAAUGCACACCGUGGCCCCCAAUUUGUCGACUUUGAUUGGUGAAGUCGUGGGCGCUAGAUUGAUCUCGCAUGCGGGUUCACUAACAAACUUGUCGAAGCAAGCCGCAUCUACUGUGCAGAUCUUGGGUGCUGAAAAGGCCUUGUUCAGAGCUUUGAAAACAAAAGGAAACACCCCAAAAUACGGGUUAAUCUACCACUCGUCCUUCAUCGGCAAAGCAGGCGCUAAAAAUAAGGGUAGAAUCUCGAGGUAUUUGGCCAACAAGUGUUCGAUUGCUUCAAGGAUAGACAAUUACAGCGACGAGCCCACUACGGCAUUUGGUGAGAUUUUGAAGAAACAGGUUGAGGACCGUUUAAAGUUUUACGAUACCGGUGCUCCACCAAUGAAAAACUCCGACGCUAUCAAGGCUGCCAUGGCAUUGAAUGCCAGUGACUUGGUGGGAAAAGAAGAUGUAGUGAUGGAGGACGCUGAAGCCGAGGAGUCAGCCGAGGCAAAGGAAGGCAAGAAGGAGAAGAAAGAAAAGAAGGACAAGAAAGAAAAGAAAGAAAAGAAGGACAAGAAGGAUAAGAAGGAUAAGAAGAGAAAAUCCGAUGAUGGCGAGGACACACCAAGUAAGAAGAAGAAGAAGAAGUCCAAGGACUAG